GCUGUCACACAGGAGAUAGCCCUGCAGAACCUGCUCCUGAGCCCUCGCUGCUGCUGCACUAUGGGCAGGAAGGUCACACUGGCCACCUGCUCCCUAAACCAAUGGGCUCUGGAUUUUGAUGGGAAUCUCCAGCGAAUCUUACAGAGUAUUAAAAUUGCAAAGGAGAAGGGCGCUCGGUAUCGCCUGGGUCCGGAGCUGGAAAUCUGCGGAUAUGGCUGCUCGGAUCAUUUUUUUGAAUCUGAUACCAUACUGCAUUCAUUUCAAGUUCUGGCUAAACUCCUGGAGUCUCCUAUAACUACUGACAUCAUCUGCGAUGUGGGAAUGCCGGUGAUGCACAAAAAUGUCCGAUACAACUGCAGAGUCAUAUUCCUCAACAGAAAAAUACUUCUUAUUCGACCAAAAAUGGUGCUGGCUAAUGAAGGGAAUUACCGGGAGCUGCGGUGGUUCACACCAUGGAAUAAGUCAAGAGAAAUCGAGGAUCACUUUCUUCCAAGGACUAUCCAGAAGAUCACAGGACAGGACACUGUACCGUUUGGAGAUGCAGUCCUGGCGACCAAAGACACUUGCCUGGGGUCUGAGAUCUGUGAAGAGCUGUGGGCGCCCAAUAGUCCUCACAUCGAAAUGGGCCUGGAUGGGGUGGAGAUAUUCACGAAUGGUUCUGGGAGUCACCACGAAUUGAGGAAAGCCCAUCUGAGAGUGGAUCUGGUCAAGUCCACAACUACUAAGAAUGGCGGCAUUUAUCUUCUCUCCAAUCUGAGAGGCUGCGACGCCGACCGACUGUAUUACGAUGGCUGCUCAAUGAUCUCCAUCAAUGGAGACAUCGUAGUGCAAGGGUCACAGUUUUCUCUUGAAAAUGUGGAGGUUCUUACGGCCACUUUAGACUUGGAAGAUGUCCGCAGUUACCGGGCUCACACGUCUUCACGCUGCAUUUCUGCAAGCAGGGUGCUCCCCUUUCACAGAGUCCAUGUGGACUUCUCUCUGUCCUCAUUUGAUGAUGUCUACACCCCGACGUCUGAGCCAAUCCAGUGGAAGUACCACACCCCCGCGGAAGAAAUAAGCCUUGGACCUGCAUGCUGGCUCUGGGACUAUCUACGACGCAGUAAACAGGGGGGCUUCCUCCUUCCCCUCAGCGGGGGAGUGGACAGCUCUGCAGUGGCGUGUAUUGUAUACUCCAUGUGUUGUCUGGUGUGUCAGGCCGUGAAUUCGGGCAAUGAAGAUGUUCUGAACGAUGUGCGUCAAAUCGUUGGAGAUGCGUCGUACGUGCCCAGGAUGCCGCAGGAACUGUGCCCCCAUCUUUUGACCACCUGCUACAUGGCAACAGAGAACUCUUCACAUGAAACCAGUGAGAGGGCCAGGAUGUUAUCAGAACAAAUAGGCAGCUAUCACCUGACCCCAAAUAUCGAUGCGGCUGUUAAAGCGGUCAUCGGGAUAUUUACAAUGGUGACUGGUAAAGUUCCACGGUUCCGUGUCCAUGGAGGAAGCGGCCCAGAGAAUCUCGCUCUUCAGAAUGUUCAGGCUAGGAUACGGAUGGUGGUCGCCUACUUGUUUGCCCAGCUAAGUCUUUGGACACGUGGCUUGGCCGGUGGUCUGCUGGUUCUGGGCUCAGCUAACGUCGAUGAAAGUCUUCGAGGCUAUCUCACCAAGUAUGACUGCUCAAGCGCCGAUAUCAACCCCAUUGGGGGCAUUAGUAAGACAGACCUGAGGGGUUUCAUCCAGUAUUGUAUAGACAGCUUUCAGCUCACUGCACUGACCAGCAUCUUAUCUGCCCCACCCACGGCAGAACUGGAGCCUCUUACGGAUGGACAAGUGUCCCAGACAGAUGAGGAUGAUAUGGGGAUGACAUAUCAUGAGCUGUCUGUAUACGGGAAAUUGCGGAAAGUUGUGAAAACCGGGCCCUAUAGUAUGUUCUGUAAACUGUUACUCCUGUGGAGGAAAAUUUCACCAAGACAGGUCGCUGAGAAGGUGAAGCACUUCUUUCGCAUGUACUCCAUUAACAGACACAAGAUGACCACGCUGACCCCUUCUUACCAUGCCGAGAGCUACAGUCCUGACGACAACCGCUUCGACCUGCGGCCGUUCCUGUACAAUGCAGCGUGGACGUGGCAGUUCCGUUGUAUUGAUGAACAGGUAUCCUGCCUGGAGGACAGUAAGAAGGGGGCGCUGUGUGAAGAAGUAGAUUGACACUCAUCUCCUUAAAGUGUAACUGCCAUUUAUUUUAUUUUUUACAACGUGUAAGGCCGGUGGUCAGAAAUGUUUUCUUAAAAGCUAUGUACACCUUUAGGGGCAAUUUUGUUUUUAUUCUUUUUAUUAUUGCAUUGUACUCAUUUUGAGCUAAAAAUACAUUUUUAAAUUGGUCUUUAUUAAAAAUAUGGAGCCCUUUUUUCUGUACAGAACUAAGAUGCUCUAGUAUCAGCCUCUGGAUUUUCUGUCUUCUGUCAGACCAGGCGCUGACAGACUCCUUAUCUCUGCUCUCUGACAUUAUAAACACUCAUUAUAGCUCAAGCAUUACCUUACUGAUAAGCAUGUGGCUUAAAUAAGAGUUUAUCUCCUCUUAGUCCCCUGUGGACUCGCAGCAAGGCGCCCGGUCUGAACUCCUAUUACUGCCAGGAUUGUUAUAGCAUUAUACUGAUUUAUGAUGCUAUGUAACCCUUAGGUCCCUUUCACACGGGCAAGUAUUCCGCGCGGAUGCGAUGCAUGAGGUGAACGCAUUGCGCCCGCACUGAAUCCGGA